CUCAAAACCCUUUUCCUUCACCCACCACCCACAACCGCCGUUUAACUCAAAAUGGCAUCGACCGAGCCCAACAGAGCCUUGACCGACACCCGUUUCUCAGACCUCAGCCCCCCACUUUCCGAUGAAGUCUUGACCGUCUUAUCUUCUUCUGGGUUCGAAUUCUGCACCCCGGUUCAAGCCGCCACUAUCCCCUUGCUAUGUAGCUACAAAGAUGUUGCUGUUGAUGCCGCCACUGGGUCCGGCAAAACAUUAGCUUUUGUUGUCCCUCUCGUUGAAAUCCUACGUCGUACUAAGACUGCCAAACCUCAUGAGGUAUUAGGGAUCAUCAUAUCUCCAACAAGAGAGUUAUCAUCACAAAUCUAUCAUGUUGCACAACCUUUCAUAUCAUCAUUGCCAGGUGUUAAACCAGUGCUCCUUGUCGGAGGAACAGAAGUUAAAGUAGACAUGAAGAAAAUAGAGGACGAGGGAGGUAAUUUGCUAAUAGGCACGCCCGGUAGACUACAUGACAUAAUGGAUCGUAUGGAUAUCUUGGAUUUUCGUAACCUUGAGAUUUUGAUACUGGAUGAGGCUGAUAGACUGCUCGAUAUGGGGUUCCAGAAGCAAAUUAAUUCUAUAAUAUCUCGUUUACCAAAGCUACGUAGAACUGGUCUUUUCUCAGCCACUCAAACCGAAGCUGUGGAAGAAUUAGCAAAAGCAGGAUUAAGGAACCCUGUAAGAGUUGAAGUUCGUACUGAAACUAAAUCAUUGGGCUGUUCUUCAUCAGAACAAACAACCUCAAAAACACCUUCAGGCCUCCAUAUUGAGUUUAUCAAAUGUGAAGCAGACAAGAAAUCAUCACAGCUUGUCGAUUUUUUCAUCAAGAACAAAUCUAAAAAGAUGAUUGUCUAUUUCAUGACUUGUGCUUGUGUGGAUUAUUGGGGAGUUGUACUUCCACGUCUUUCUGCGCUUAAGGGGUUGUCUUUAAUAUCUCUUCAUGGGAAGAUGAAGCAGUCAGCAAGGGAGAAAGCGUUAGCGUCCUUUACAUCUCUUCCGGGUGGCAUUCUUCUAUGCACUGAUGUGGCAGCACGUGGGCUUGACAUUCCAGGUGUUGAUUGCAUAGUGCAGUAUGAUCCUCCUCAAGAUCCUAAUGUUUUCAUUCAUAGAGUUGGCCGGACUGCUAGGUUGGGACGGCAAGGAAGUGCCAUUGUUUUUCUUUUACCUAAGGAGGAAGCAUACGUAGAAUUUUUGCGCAUUAAAAGGAUUCCUCUGGAAGAGAGUCAAUGCACUGAAGAGGCACUUGAUGUGGUUCCCCUUAUACGUGCGGCUGCAAAGAAAGAUCGUGAUGUUAUGGAGAAAGGGCUAAGAGCAUUCGUUUCUUACAUUCGUGCUUAUAAAGAGCAUCAUUGCAACUUCAUUCUUAGGUGGAAAGAUCUAGAGAUUGGAAAGUUAGGCAUGGGAUACGGGUUAUUGCAGUUACCUUCGAUGUCAGAGGUAAAGCAAAACUCACUUUCUACCGAAGGCUUUAUUGCCGCUGAAGACUUAAACCUGGAAGAGAUCAAGUUCAAGGAUAAAAACAGAGAGAAACAGAGAAAGAAAAAUUUGCAAGUGAAGAAGGAUACACCACAAGAACCGAAAACCCUUAAAGCUAAAGCAAAGAAAGUGCCCACUGUCUUAAAGAAGAGAACAGCCAAGCAGAGACGUGCUGUGCAGUCAGCCGAGGAUGACGAGGAACUUACUAGAGAUUACCGCCUUUUGAAAAAGCUGAAAAAAGGUGCGAUAAAUGAAAACGAAUUUGCCAAGUUAACUGGAACUGAAGAUCUUUGAGACUAUAUGGUUUGUUCUGCACUCUCUGGGAAAAACGAUUGCUCACAAGUGCACAACUGCAGUAACAGACAUAUACGAUACAGUUUUGAGCGGUUAUUGCAAGGAAACUUUGGCUGACAACACCAACCAUGAUGAGGCCCUGGCUUACAUAGAUGUUGAGUAAUUCUUGAAGUUAAGGCUUGAAGAAACAAUUGACCAGAGAGACAUUAUAUGUUGUUAUAGGUUGACAUUUUUUUUACGUUUAUUUGAGGUAUGAGUUAAUGCGAAAA